AUGAGGGACUGGAGUUCCCUCGAGAAAGGGCUGCUGCGCGACAUCUUCCUCCGCCUCCCGGCCGACGCCGACACCGUCCGCUUCCGCCAUGUGUGCCGCGGCUGGCAUGCCGCUGCGUGCGCCGACGCGCUUGUCCCCCGCCCCUGGUUCAGCUUGUACCCUUCGGCCUACAACCCUGCCCCUAUUGCUAGCGCCUUCCUGCGGCUCGCGAGGCACAGCCAAUGCACGCGCGUGAGGCCCGUCCGCAUGGACGCCGCCGUCAAGGGAGAAAGGGCUCCCGCGCUCGCGAGGGGCGCAUCGCGCGGCUGGCUCGCCGUGAAUGACGGCAAGCGCCUCCUCCUCAGGGACCCCGUCUCCUGCGCCGAGGUCCCGCUGCCCGCUUUCGACCCCCUGUACGAGCUGUUCGGCGUCUUCCUCUCCGACGACCCCCUCGCCGCGCCUGGCAGGUGGUCGGCGUUCGGCUUCUUCAAGAGGACCGACUUUCCCUACUUCGGUCACGUGCUUGCUUUCUGCCGCCCCGGCGACGAGGAGUGGGCUCGGUUCGAUCAGGACGACGACCAGGCGGGCCAGCAGACCCGGUUCUUCCUGGGGCUCGAGUUCUUCCGGGGCAAAGCCUACUUGCUCUUCGACGACUCCAAAAUCGCCAUCUGCGACGUCGACGCGCGGAGGCUUGUCGUCAGCUCGGUAACGAUGGGCCACAGUAGGGGGUGGCACGCUCAGGAACGCCUGGUGGAGUGCGGUGGCGACCUCCUGUUCGUGCAGGUGGCGUGGAGCUACGAGAUCACGAGGUCGUCGUGGUGCCUCCGCCUCUCCUACGACAGCAGCUUCGACGUGAGGGUGGUCAAGAUCGAGCUCAACGCGGACGGCAGCGGCGCGCCGGUGGCGUGGUCGGACGUCGACGGGAUCGGGGACUACGCGCUGUUCGUGGCGCCGCAGAGCCACGCGUUCGCGCUCCCGGCGAGCGGCUUCCCCACCGUCAGGGCCGGCUGUGUCUACCACUUCAACACCUAUGAGGAGAGAAGGAGCUCGACGAUGAUCAUCACUGAUCUGCGGCAACGCCCUCACCUCCAUGAGACAGUGCGGAAGCUGCCGGUCCCCGUGCAGUGGCAUCCGCUGUCCUGGUUCUGCCCCCGUCGUCCGGUGUUUGACACGACGUCGAAACGCAGGUGA